AUGCGUCUUCCCGCCCUUUCUUCCCUUCUCUGCCUCGUUGGCUUGGCCUCGGUGCCUGUCACUGCCUACGAAGGCGAUUCAGAUAUCAAAAGCAUUCCGCUUCGAACCCACAGUCUCAGUCCGCCUUACCUCGAUUCGGACUUCCAAAGCCGCUGGUUCGACUUCGGAGGAGAUACAAUCGUUCGGGCUGAUAAAUACGUUCGUCUCACAGCCGAUCGACCUUCGCAGCAAGGAUGGAUCUUCUCUCGCGUGCCUUUGACCGCGACCAAUUGGCAGAUUGAGCUGGAAUUCGGCAUUCACGGCGAGGGCAACUUGCACGGCGAUGGUUUCGCUAUGUGGCUCACCAAGCAGCGCGCCACCCAGGGCCCUGUCUUCGGUUCUACUGACCGAUUCGAGGGUCUCGGCCUCUUCAUAGACACGUACAAGAACAACCGCCCCGGUGUUUCGUUCCCCUACGUUAUGGCCAUGAUGGGUGACGGGUCGACUACCUACGACCAGGCGCACGACGGCAAGGCCAACGAGCUGGCAGGAUGUUCCGCUCGUGGUCUCCGUAGCGCUCCUGUUCCUACCAAGUUGCGCCUAACCUACUUCCAGGACAAGUCCCUCACCCUAGACCUUCAGUACAAGACCGAGGACUCGUGGACCAACUGCUUCACCCUCAACGCUGAAGAAACCAACAUCGCCAUUCCCUCCGUCGCCUACCUGGGUCUUUCCGCCGAGACCGGAGAGCUGAGCGACAACCACGACAUCAUCUCUCUCAAGGCGGAGAACCUGUACUCACUGAACCGCAACGGCGGCAGCCGAGGCUCCGACAGCUCUAAGGGCCGUGGCCGUGGCGGCUCCAACAUCAGGCCCCCCAAAGAGAAGGGCAGCUGGACAUGGUUCCUGUUCAAGGUUGUCCUGUUCUUCGGCGCUAUCGUGGGUGGCUACUUCGGAUACACAAUCUACCGUACCAAGGCGCGGUCGUCGCGCUUCUAA